CUCUUUGAUUGAUUUAUGAAAAAUCAUAGAAGCAUUAUGUUUAGCAUUAUUUCAAUUUUCAAUUUUAAUUUUAAACAAAAAUAAUUUGCGCGGUGAGUUGGAAGAGCUGAUGACAAAAUCUGGAGCAAAGUAACCAUUUAGCGCCUUUCUUAAUAGGGAGAUAAGUAAACCAAUUGCAAAUUGAGUCAAUGUUACUAGGCCUUGAUAGCUCAACAUGUUAUUAACAUCUUAUGCUUCCAUUUUUAUUUCUUAAACUCAAUUGUUAUUUAUGAUUGUGAUUGCCAUUGUUAACAAUUAAGAUCUUUAAUCAUCUGCUGUUAAGACUAGAUUAUUUGGUCAACAUCAUGGUAAUUUCAAAAACGACUACAUUUUAUUUGGAUCGGUCAUCAUUUCAGGAGGAUGCCUCUCAAGGAAACAGGCUUGCUUAUGGUGUUACUGCUAAACCUUCAUUUGGAAUUACCUUGGCUCUAGGAUUUCAGAAUUUUAUAGCAGAAUUUGGGAAUUUUAUGGCCUAUGUUUAUAUGAUUUCACCUCAUCUUUGCAUUGACGACAAUGAUCCUGUAAGAGGACACAUAUUAUCAACAUGUUUUUUUGUUGCUGGUUUUGCGUCUCUUCUCAUGGCUACAUUUGGAGUCAGGUUACCUGUUGCUCAAGGAACUGCUUUUUACUUUCUUUUACCUGUUAUUGCUUACUUUGAAUCAUCAAAUGAUACAUGCUCAAUCUUAAGAAAACAAUUUAAUGGAACAAUACCGAUGGAUAGUCCAGAAUAUCACGAAGCUUGGACACAAAGAAUUCGAAUAGUUCAAGGUUCUAUUCUGGUUGCUUCAUUAACUGAAGUAGUCAUCGGCUUAACCGGUUUAGUUGGCUUUUUAUUUCGUUACAUUACCCCAUUAACAAUGGGCCCAACUGUGGUACAACUUGGUAUUUCCUUGACACCAAUGGCUGCUGAAAAGGCAGGCCAAAAUUGGAUCAUAUCAGGAUUAACAAUUAUUAUGAUCACAAUACUAUCGCAAUACAUGACCAAUGUAUUUAUCCCGAUACCAAGAAUAUCAAAAUCUCGAAAUAAUCGUAGAUUUCGGAGUUUUUAUGUUUUUAAAAUGUUUGGUAUUCUCCUGUCUAUUUUAAUUGCUUGGUUUGUUUGCUCGAUGGGAACACAAUUCAAUCUAUUCAAAGAAGAUGAUCCAGCUCGAACGGAUAAAAUUGUUGGUAAUCCAAUCUCAGAUUCAGCUUGGCUCAGGAUUCCAACUCCUUUUGAAUGGGGCACACCAAUAUUUUCAUUAUCUGCAAUUUUAGUUGCCUUUACUGGUCUGCUGACGUCAAUGUCGGAUAACAUUGGUGAUUAUUAUGCUUGCUCUGCUGUAUCCAAUUGUCCACCACCACCAAUUGCUGUUAUAAAUCGUGGUGUAUUUAUUGAAGGCAUCGGCAGUAUUGUUUCAGCUCUUUGGGGUGCUCCAACAGCACUUAGUUCCUACAGCUCAAAUAUUGGAACUAUUACGAUAACCAAAGUUGCCAGUCGUCGCGUUACUCAAGUCUUUGGUCUUUGGCUUAUCGUGUUUAGUUUUUGUGGUAAAUUAUCUGCCAUAUUUGUUUCCAUACCUGAUCCAGUUAUGGGUGGUGUAUUUUUCGUCAUGACUUCCAUCAUCAUUGCGGUUGGUUUCAAUAUUCUUAAAGACAUUGACUUCGAAUCACCUCGAAAUUUAUACAUUCUAGGAAUUUCAGUCACCUUAGGAUCAACUAUUCCAACCUUUUUCACAGCUAAAUCUAGCAACAUGCAUAACAAUUUUCAAAGUUUAUCCUGGCUUUUGAACAACGAGACUGUUCAAACCUUACUCUCAAACGGGAUGCUAGUUACCGGUAUAAUUGGCUUUAUCUUAGACAAUACUGUUCCUGGAACUCGUAAAGAAAGAGGUUUACAUGGUAGAAACCUUAGAUCAGGAGUUGUAUCAUCUGAAACUUUUCACAUAUACAAAUUACCUUGGAAUAUGGAUAAUUGGCUGAGAAAAUGUUUUCCAUUUUUACCGAUUUAUUUGAAAAAAGACACAACUUUAUAAUCAUUUAGAUAUUCAAAUUUGUUACUUUAAUUCCCAUUGAAUGGGCAAUGUUGUAAUUUAAAAGGUUUCAACUAAACUUAUAUUUGGUGACUAAAAAGAUGGUUUGGAAAAACCAUGAACUUGAAAAAUAAGAGCAAUCAAAUAUAAGUUAAACCAAUUUUUAAUUUGCUUUCUUUCCAUGAAUUUUCAUGUGUCUUCCAGAAGGUUUUAUCUUAAGCUUAAAUUAUGGCUUGAUAGAUGGCAGUUCAAUAAACUUUUCCUAUUAAGUUUUGAUAAACCUCUCGAAACGAAAAAUGAAUGAAACUUAUUUAACGUUGACCUCCCAGUUAUAAACAGUCAACUUUAAGUUAUCCAAUCCAUCAUUCAGUGACAACCCUUUAUCCUUGAUUAGUUCAAACUAAAUAUUUAAGAUUUUUCUGUGUGAUUUGUUUUCCUUUAACUGUGAAAUGACACCAAAAAUAUUUCAGAUGAAUUACGAUGAAAGACAAAUCGGUAUAAAUCAUCUUCCAGAUGAAAUAUUGGAAAAAAUAUUAAUCGAGGCAACCAUCAAUCUUGAAGGAUCAAUGAUGGCGGCUGCUGUUUGCAGACGAUGGAGACGAAUAAUGGCAACGAGGUUAUCUAUGGUAAAAUAUUUACUACAAGACCAAUGGUCAAUUGACAGUGGACAUUUGCUUGAUGAAGGGCUAAUAUGCAUCCCUAAAGCAAGUUUCUUGUUUCUCCACGAAAAUGGAUCUCAUCCUGAAAUUUUAAAAACAUGUCUUGAAUGGCUUCCCAAUUUAAUGGUAAAUAUCGGUGAUUGAGGUUUGUAGGCCUGAUACAAGAGACGAAGAGGAAGCUCUUCUUCGAUGUAUCGCUUCAAAGACAAAUAUUGUAGGCUUUUUCUGGUACCCUAAAUAUAACAGAAG